ACCCACGAGCUGAGCUCUCCAUGUCACACCUCACUUCAGGCACAGCCUCCAUGCAGGGAGCCAACCUCUCAGCAGUGACUGAAUUCAUCCUCAUCGGCUUCUCCACCUUCCCCCACCUCCAGCUGAUGUUCUUCCUGCUCUUCCUGCUCAUGUACCUGUUCACGCUGCUGGGCAACCUGCUCAUCAUGGCCACCAUCUGGAGUGAGCGCAGCCUCCACAACCCCAUUGAGCGCCAGCCUCCACAACCCAUGUACCUCUUCCUGUGCGCCCUCUCCAUCUCUGAGACCCUCUACACCUUUGCCAUCAUCCCGCGCAUGCUGGCCGAUCUGCUCUCCACCCACCGCUCCAUCUCCUUCAUGGCCUGUGCCAACCAGAUGUUCUUCUCCUUCACGUUCGGCUUCACCCACUCCUUCCUGCUCACUGUCAUGGGCUACGACCGCUACGUGGCCAUCUGCCACCCCCUGCACUACAACGUGCUCAUGAGUCCCCGUGGCUGUGCCUGUCUGGUGGCCUGGUCUUGGAUUGGAGGCUUAGUCAUGGUGGUGGUGACAUCAGCCAUUUUCCAGCUCACCUUCUGUGGACCCAAUGAGGUCCAGCAUUUUGCUUGUCAUGUGCCUCCACUAUUGAAGUUGGCCUGUGGAACUGAUGUACAGGUAGUGGCCAAGGGCGUGGGCCUGAUGUGUAUCAUGGCCCUGCUGGGAUGCUGUCUCCUCAUCCUCCUCUCUUACGCCUUCAUUGUGGCCACCAUCUUGAGGAUCCCCUCUGCUGAGGGCCGGCACAAGGCCUUCUCCACCUGUGCGUCCCACCUCACCGUGGUGGUCGUGCACUAUGGCUUCGCCUCUGUCAUCUACCUCAAGCCCAAGAUUCCCCAGUCUCUGGAAGGAGACACGCUGAUGGGCAUCACCUACACGGUCCUCACUCCCUUCCUCAGCCCCAUCAUCUUCAGUCUCAGGAGCAAGGAGCUGACGAAUGCCAUGAGGAAGACCUUCCUCAACAAGCUCUACCCAGAAUAA